UAAAGCAGCGCCUUGCCAUAAUUUAUGAGUUUGUUGUAGGUAAUAUCCGAACAAAUUUCUCCCUAGAGUUUAGGCGGAAGGCAUGCUAAAAUUGUUGUGAUUGAACCAUUCCACACGCAUAUAUAAAAGCCCGUCCCUUCGCGCCUCCGGAUUUCCAACGCCGCCCGAGGAAGCAAUUGUCAGCCGCGCUCAAUCUACUCCAAAAUCCAGAGGAGGAGAGAAGAGGAACCACACUAGAGCCAUGGGCAACUCCGGGAGCACAUCUCCUCCAAGAUUAGGAAAGGCCCACGUUCCGCAUUUACAAUGGAAGAUUCAUGACUUUUCGGCACUGCUUAAGACAGGAGCCAAGUCAGCAAGAUCUUCUUAUUUCCACUGCUCUGGGUAUAACUGGUUGCUGAAAGUGACACCAUCAACGAGCAAAACAACUGAUGCUAAAACUCCAUAUGUUGGUCUUUGCCUUAAACUAUGCCGGACAGGCUUGGAGCCAGGUGACACAGUGAAUGCAGUGUUUGAGUUAUCAGUAUACAAUCAUUCAAAGAAGAUGUAUUGUGGAUACACAGCUAGCCACUACUUUUAUAUGAAGAAUACCAACUCAAAGAAUGAAUGUUUCAUUCCUCUUCAGAAGCUACGAAAAUCAUCUGCUUUUCUAGUUGAUGAUAGUUGUGUAUUUGGUGUGAAGAUAUUAAAAAUUACAGUCACUUCUCAAAAGAAGGAUGUUGUGGUUCAGGAGAAGGCCACCACAGUACAGAACCUUUUUGUCCAGAACAAAGGACUCAUCAAAGGGACCUACACCUGGACCAUGGACAACUACCUUGAACUGGACUCGGAUUUUAUUCGUUCUCCUACAUUUGAAGUUGGUGGACAUAAGUGGUAUUCAUCUCUAUCAGUUACAUAUAAAUAA